AUGAAGUUCAACCCCGACGUCUCCUCCUCCCGCCGCAAGUCGCGCAAGGCGCACUUCGCCGCGCCCUCCUCGGUGAGGCGCAAGAUCAUGUCCUCUUCGCUUUCCAAGGAGCUCCGCACCAAGUACAACACGCGGUCAAUACCCAUUCGCAAGGAUGACGAGGUCCGGAUCGUGAGGGGCAAGUACAAGGGUCGUGAGGGCAAGGUCACCCAGGUGUACCGCAAGAAGUGGGUGAUCCACGUCGACCGUGUCCAGCGCGACAAGUCGAACGGCGCAUCCGUCCCCAUUGGCAUCCACCCCAGCAAGGUUGUCGUUACCACCAUCAAGCUGGACAAGGACAGGCGGGCAAUCCUUGACCGCAAGGACAGGAAGAAGAGCACGAAGGCGGCGGGCGAGGACGUCGAGAUGGUCGACUAA